AUGGCUAAUGGUAGAGUACACAUAGAGGAAUAUUUGGCGAAAGAUUUAGCUCGACUGAACUUGAAAUUUAAAAAAGAACGGCAGUAUAAUUGGAAAGAAAAGAUGUUGUCAUAUGAUGAAAAUACUAUGGUUGGUACUAUCAAAUAUGGGAAUAAAACAUAUGUUGUAACAAUUCAAUUUAAAGGUAAACGUCAUUUAGUCGAAAAAUAUCGUAACCUGUGUGAAAAAGCACGUACUGAACAAAUGUAUGAAGAAAUUCCGUCGGACACUGGAGAUCGACAUAAGAAAAAUAAAAGAAAUUACAAUCCAAUGCAAAGUUUCACGGUAUCAAUUGAAAGACCUCGGCAAUGUUCCGUUGUCACGUAA